AAUCUUGUGGUUUCGCAGCCAUUGCUACCGCACUCCUGGUUUCUUGGACACUUGUCCAUCAUGAACGAGUUCCGCAGGGAGCAUCCGCCUGACGUCAAUUUUAAUCACUUCCAUGUUUGGAUCGUUCAAAAUUACAAGCGGUUCUUACCGUCUUUGCAACACCCGCCCGCGGGCCUGUACCUCGACCUGUGGCCCGUCCUCUCAGCCCCAAUGUUGUUCGUAUACAACCCACAAACUUCGGCGCAGUUCACCUCGACCAGAAACACACCCAAGCACCAGAUCGGGCUCGACUUCCUUGCUCCCCUUACGCAGAUGCAAGACGUAUCCACACUGCAAGGUUCCGAGUGGAAAAGGUGGCGUAACUGGUUAAAUCCUGGCUUCGGCUCUAAGAACGUAACGAGCAUGAUGACGGAGGUUGUUGACGAGACAAAGACGUUUGCGAGAUGUCUUGAGGCGAGGGCCGGCAGGGAUUAUCAGUGGGGGCCUGUGUUCCAGCUGAAAAUGUUUACCGGAAAGUUGACCUUUGACAUAAUUGCUCGUGCCGUGUUAGACAAAAAUCUCGGCGAACAGUUAAUUGAGGACAAUAGCGUUCUUAAGAGCACACUUGAGGACCAGCUUCGCCUGAUGGGACAAUCCCAAGCAUUUAGCUUUAGCGGCUUAAAACUAUGGGGUGAUAUGAAAGUGGCGCAGAAUAAUAAAGUCAUUUACGACAUACUCGUCGAAGACGUUCAGCGUGGACUGGACGAGUUCCGUUAUGGGACGAGGGGCAGCAAAACAAAGACGAUUCUAUACUUGGCACUCAAAAACCUCAGUGAGGAGGCCGAGGAGGGCGGCAUCGGUCCCGACCACCCGGACAUGGUUAACGUUAUUAUCGCCAACCUCAAAUGCUUUCUGGUGGCUGGGCAUGAGACGACCGCAAGCGCCAUGUGCUUUAUGUAUAAAGUGCUGCAAGACUACCCUGAGCAUACAGCUAAAGUGCGCGCUGAGCACGAAGAGGUUUUUGGCGACGACCCAGAUGCCGCUGGCGAGGUACUCAAGGCCAAGCCGCACCUCCUAAACGCAAUCCCUUACACUACUGCCGUCAUUAAGGAAUCUUUACGAAUGUAUCAAUUGGCGUCCACGCUGCGUGCCGGAGCGCCGGACUUGUACCUGACGGACCCUAACCUCGGCAUCCAGUGUCCUACCGAUGGCUUUCUUAUCUCGGACGGCGCCGCCGGCAUCCAUCGAGAUCCGGAUUUGUGGCCAAUGGCGGAAGAAUUUAUCCCGAAAAGGUACCUGGUACCUGAGGGUCACGAGCUUCACCCGCCCAAAGAGGCCUGGCGUGCUUUUGGCCGCGGUCCCAGGGACUGCAUCGGCAAAGAGAUUGCUAUGGUGGAGAUGAAGAUUGCGGCGGUGCUUACGGCGCGAACCUUGGACAUUGAAACAGCUUGGGAUGAGUGGGACGAGAAAACGGACUGGAAGGUGUGGGGUGACAGGCUGUACGUGAGCGGUGACGGUGUCGGUAAGCCUAAGGAAGGCAUGCCGGUGCACGUACGCCGGAGGAGGGCAAAGAAGCUGCCAAGUUGA